GGAAGGACUCGCAGCGCUUGCACUAAAACAUUAUAUAAAGCGUGUACACAGUGUGCUGCAAACCUUUGCGCUUUCUCAUACAGCUUCAACACCACCGCCAUACUCCGUGCAAGCUUUAGCAACUUAGGGCCAAGCAAGCCAGGCGUGGGCGCAUAGAGAUGAGCGCCAACGCGCUGGUCGAGGCCCUGACGCAGUUGACACAUCAGCAACAGCAGCAGCAACAACAGCAACAACUUCACCUGUUAGACAAUGCGGACCGUCCUCGGAGCGGGGCAGCUGCGCAUGCGCUUGAGGAGAAUAGCGGAGCUCAGUUGCUCUUGCAGCAGAUGCUUUUGGGGGAUGUUGAUGGAGGAGCUGCGUCGGGGUCGCAGCCGGAGGAGCUUCUGCCUAGCCUAGCACUGGACCAGUUGGUGCAGGCCGGCGCAAGCCCUUCGCAGAGCAUGCAGCAGCAACCAACUGUUAUGCAGCAGCUGGCGAGCCUUCCUACGCAAAUUGUUGUUACGCAGGUUACAGACUCUAUGCAAGCUGCGGGCUUGGUAAACUUUACCUUCUCGCAAUCUGCGCAUUCGUCCUUUGUCCUGAACACGCAACUGGACCAGAGCGGCUCGACCAGCGUGGCUGUCCUUACACAAGCCCUUCGCGUGGUUCUGGCCGCGCGGAAAAUAAACCAGCAGGCCGUGGCACGCUUCGACCUUGGUUUCGUGCCGUUCCUGGUCUCGGAUGCAGCCGACGGCAUAGGCCUCCUGAUCUACAAGUGCUCCCUUAAUCAGGAGAAGCCGCGGGGAUCUGUACUGAAGAUAGAUGUCAACAGCAACCCGCUCGUAGCGGGCAUAUCGCUGUUCAACAUGCUGCAGACGGGGACUCAGCAGCUCGAGGUUAUCUUCACUGCGGAGGCGUCGAAAGUGGCGUUGCAGGCGCUUUCAAUCAUGCGCAUAAACCUCGCGAACAACGGGCGUGAUGUGCUCCUGCUGCUGUCUACGGUCGACUACACAGCGGAUGCAUCGGGGCCCAAAAACUACUUUCUGCUGAAGCUAACACCGAUCACGCCACCGCUGCCAUGCUUCCAGCACCAAAUUGAGGCGCCCAAGCCGCCGACUGCUUUCAUGACGCCUUCGGGCGAGCCAUCCAUGGUUCAUGCGCAGGGCCUGGCGUCAGCUGCCGUCGGAGCGCUGCCGCAGCAUAAGCAAAUGCACAUGCACGGCGGUGCAGCCGCGGUCAUGGCGCAAGGGCACCUCCCGGCAGCCAUGGCGUCAGCUGCAGCGGCUCCAAAGGCACAUGUCAUGGCGCCCGGGCAGCUGCCGUACCCUCACGGCUCUCCAGCAUCAUCGGCCAUGGGCUCUGCCGCUGCUGCCGCUGCUGCUGUGGCGGCAGGCAGCUCCAAGCAGCAGCGGGCACGCAAAGCGGACUAUGUGAUUGUUACGGAGGACACAGCCAUUAAGAACGCAGCCGGCGCCGUUGCCAAGGUGCUAGGCCGCGUCUCGAAUCAAGGGCAGUGUUGCCCCGUGUACACGGAGAAGAAGACGGAGUCGUUCACCACGGUUAUCUCUGUUGCCGUGAAGGCGAUUGCCGUAGCGCGGGGCUACGUCUGCAAUGAGGGCAUGGGCAACGAGGUGGGGUUCCAGCCGUACCUGCGGCACCUCGACCGCCGCCUCGACCUUCUCGAUCUCCACCAAUACCUGUCGCCCGACAAGAAAGCAGCAGCGGCAACGUCAGCUGCGGCCGUGUUGUCUGCCGCAGCUGGCAUGGGCGUAAGCCAUCAUCACAUGGCAGGCAUGAUGGCAGGUGCCAAGGGCGCACACGGCGGGGCGCUUGGAGCCGCGGCUGGCCUGCACCUGGGCCUGCACAGCGGCUUGAUGGCGGCGGCUGGCCUGCCCACGGCUAACAAGGGCCUCAACCCGCUGGACGCGUAUGAGCUGCUGGACGAGGAGGCGCUAACGGACGAGCGCUGCGAGCUGGCGUUUGACGUGUUUAAGGUCCCGCAGCUGCAGGAGCUGCACGACGCCGGCAACCUGCCGGUCAAGGUUACCGCGCACAGCCGACCCAACGUCGUGUCGAACAUCAUCUCCAAGCUGGUUAGCGAGCGCAAUGGUGCCGUGCUGAUUACCGCCGGCGGCAAGGCCAUGCAUGUGGCCAUGUUGGCGGUGGUUUCGGCGCGCGCGCGGCUGAAGGCAAAGGGCGUCGACAUCAUCCUGCUGCCGAAGUUCGUCACGGUGGAUACCACAAGCACCCUUGGCUGGGAGUCGGUGUUCUUGCGGUUCACGAUUGUGCGCUGGGCAUCGGUGCCGCCGCCACACCUGCACCCGGACGCCAUGGUGGCCGCUGGAGGGCGGUUCCUGCUACCCCAUAUGGGUUAGGCCGUGGAUGUGUGGGGGUAGUGUUGUGUAUUGCCAAAUUCAAAGCAGUAGCAAGUUGCGGCGGUCCUGUCGCACUUGCAGUAGGAACAACAUGCGGAACAACUAAAUCGGUUUGCAAUGCAGGGUGUGGUUUAGGUAACAUUGGGACUUACCGUACAUGGGGGCCAUCUUAAUGGGUUUCUAGCGUUGCGUACAUGGCUGGAUGGGUCACUUCGCUGCUGACACGAUUUGCUAAUACGUUUGUGGGCAGUAUCUACACGACUGAAUGAGGCCACUGCACUUGUGCAUUCUUGGGCUGUUGUUGGUUGUCAGUGCCGCGACUUGCCUUUCGCGGGGUAGUUAGGUAUUCGGAGUUAUACAUUAUCGAGGGAUUAGGGGUUUUGGAUUGGUUGUCAGUGUCACAAUUUCGCUGUGCGCCCUGCAACGUUCGCAUGUGCCAUGCGUUGUUGCGGGUUGUUGGGGAUAAGGCUUGGCGUUUCUGGUAUGCAGAUAGGGAUGCGAGAUGCGACGGCUACCAUGUCGCCGCUAAAAUGGCGGAAUGCCAAGUACAUCUGCGCUUGGUUUUACCUCGAUUACCCCCCAUUGUCAAGAGGGCGCCUCUCAUCACGAGAAGUCUGGAUGUGUUUGCCUAGGUUACCUAGGAAGGAUACUUGUGGGCGGUGCCCAUAAUUUCGAACGAGAUCGUGGCCGUUCAGGCUGCUCUGAAUGGUUUCGUUUCUGCCAUACUUGCAGGGGCUGGCCCAAUGUUGUUUAGGAUUUCGUUUCUCCAUGUAUGAACUGAGCGCGGCUGGCUGGAUAUCGCGAUUGGUGCAUCAGCGUUUUUAUAUUCAUGUCCUCUGCAGCGACUAGAGCCUGGCCAGCUCUGGUGUUUCACCAUGCACAACACACAAGUAUGCUGCAAUGGGAAUGGCCUUUUAUGUCGCAUAUGUCUGUCGUAUUUCGCGUGGCUUGGUAGCACAGCACAACCAAAAAUCCAAACCCGAAAUGGCGGGUUGAGGUCGUGCGGCUCCCGCAAGGAACUGAAUUGCGGUAGGUAAGGAGGUUGUUUGUUCAAUGGUUUGCGCUUGGGUGCGUGGUGGGAAUGAUGGAUAUGUGUGAUGUUCCACAUGAAGCUGUAGUGGGCGAAUUGAUUAUCAUAUCUGCGUGCCUAGAGGUAUGAGGGGCUUCUGUUGCAACGGCAAACGCUGUCACGGGUGCUUGUGAAGUCACCUUGCAGGCGAAGAACUUGCUUGUACGAGCUGCGACGUCCUCGAUGGCAUUGCUAUCGGCCUCCAGGGUGGGAAGGCCCUGAAUGGAAACUCGUACUAGCAAACAUUGCUCAAGUCCACAUGUGUAAUGGCAAAAGCCAACAUGCACUUAGCACUUGUAGCCAGGGGCCCCGAAU